AUGAAGUUAGUGACUUACAACGUUAAUGGCCUUAAGCAACGAGUUUCACAGUUUGAUUCUCUUAUCAAACUCCUUGAUUCGUUCGACGCUGAUAUCAUUUGCUUCCAGGAAACGAAGCUUAGAAGGCAAGAAUUGACUGCUGAUUUGACGAUAGCUGAUGGGUAUGAAUCGUUUUUCUCGUGUACUCGUACUUGUGAGAAAGGUCGUACUGGGUAUUCUGGUGUGGCUACGUUUUGUCGAGUAAAGUCAGCAACUUCAAGCUGUGAGAUUGCUUUACCUGUUGCUGCAGAAGAAGGUUUCACUGGUCUUGUAACCAGUAAUUCACGAGGUGUGAAGAUUCGAAGUUACGAUCACAACAAGUGGUAUCAGAGCUAUGUUAGGAUUUUGAAUCUGAGGUGGUAG